AUGAGUUUAAAAAAAAAUUUACGGAAACCUAUGUUUUUAUUGGAUGAUCUUACGGAUGAAAUAAGUGAAAAUCUAGUUGAUGAUUGCCCUAAUGAAAUAUUAACCUCUGAUAAUCAACUUUUUGUUAAUGAUAAUCACCCCAUUGAAGUGUUAACCUCUGAAAACAUCGGAACAGCAUCUUGUAAUGUAGAACACUGGUCAAAUGAUGCUGAAUUAUCACAAGAAAAUUCAAAUAACUAUUUGCCAUCGAGUUCGACAAACACAGAAGGACCAAUGUCUAGUGGGGAAACAUUAUCAUUUUCUUCACCACCAAGUCAAAGAUCGGAAUUUGAAGUAGGUGGAAGAUAUUAUAAUCGGAAGAAUGAGAGAGGAACUAUUAACAUUAUGACAGAGAACGUUGUCGCUACACUGGAUAAUUUUAAACAAAACAUCAUUUAA